AUGUUUUCGAUCGCCGGCUCUAUUGGCACUGGACUGCUGAUUGCAACGGGCUCUGCUCUAGCUAAUGGAGGGCCUGCAUCGAUGCUGAUAGCGUUUGCUAUUCUGGGGUUCAUCUGCUACAACGUGCUUGUUGCUUAUGGAGAGAUGGCAACGGCCUUUCCCAUGGACAAAGGAUUCAGUGGAUAUGCGGCACGGUUUGUAGAUCCUGCCUAUGGAUUCGCCACAGGAUUGAACUACUUUUGCAAGUAUGCCGUUCUUUUAGCCAACAACUUGACAGCAUCCGGCCUCAUCAUGCAGUAUUGGCUGCCUCAUGUCAAUGUUGGCGUCUGGAUUGUCUCAUUUGCAGUUCCAAUCAUUUGUAUCAAUCUUUUCCCAGUCAAGGUUUUUGGAGAAAUCGAAUUUGUCGCUGCAAUUAUCAAGACUCUCGUGAUUCUGGGACUGAUGAUACUCUGCUUGGUCAUUGAUCUUGGCGGAGGCCCGAAUCAUGACAGACUCGGAUUCCGCUACUGGAAAGAUCCCGGAGCUUUCAAUGCUCAUCUCGUCGAGGGACCAACGGGGCGAUUCCUGGGCUGGUGGUCCUGUAUGGUCAGCGCGGGCUUCGUAUACAUGGGGACAGAGGUCGUGGGUGUGGCCUUUGGAGAGGCAGAUAAGCCAUGGAAGGUGAUUCCUCGCGCUAUACGACAGACAUUCUGGCGCAUUAUGUUUCUUUAUGUAGGGGCUGUUUUCCUCUUGGGUUUGGUUGUGCCGUACAACAGCCCUAACUUGAUGACUGCAACUCACUCAAAGACUGGAGCUGGCGCGUCCCCUUUUAUUGUGGCAAUCAAGGAUGCGGGCAUCAGUUUUCUUCCGGGCUUCAUCAAUGGCUGCUUGCUCGUUUUUGUGUUGAGCGCGGCAAACUCUGACAUAUAUAUCGCAUCACGAACACUCUACGGCCUGGCUCGUGACAGCUACUUGCCCCAAGUAUUUACCAGAACUUAUGGCGCUGUCCCCAUUGUGGCGGUUGGCACGGCUUCAAUCUUCUUUCUCUUGGCGCUAAUGAACGUCACGACUGGCAGUAACCAGGUAUUCAGCGAUCUUGUAUCGCUUGCCACUAUUUUCGGCUUAUUUAACUGGAUUAGCAUCAUGGUUACUUAUCUGUCAUUCCGGCGAGGUAUGGAGGCGCAAAAUAUGCCCCGCGCUAGCCUUCCUUAUACCGAGUCGUGGAUGAAGUUGAGAGUCUCCGCAAGCCUUUUCAUUACAUGUCUUGUUGUUUUGUUUAAUGGCGUAAACAACUUUAUACCGUCGUUUCAGGCGAAGCCAUUCGUGUUCGCUUAUGUGGGAAUUCCUAUCCAUAUUGUGCUCAUAUUGGGCCCAAAACUCCUCUUUCGAUACUCUCGCGUGCAGCCAGCAUCAAUGGACCUUUUCACCGGUCGAAUUGCAGCAGAAGAGAAACAGGCUGCAGAGAGAGAGGAGAAAAAAAAAAUUUCUCAAAGGGACUGGCGUGUUUUUGCGCUGUUUCGUCAACGGAGACUAGAAUAAGAACAGCCAUAUGGGCCAUGGUAUUGGAGGGAGUAAAGUAGUACUGUAGUAGCUAGUAAAUUGCACAUCCAGC